AUUAAAACAACAUGGUUCAGUUUAGAAUCCUUGCUGUUAUUGUUGUUGUUGUUGUUUUACAAACCAGUUUGGCUCGACCUAGCUAUGGAUCUGGGGGUGGGUAUAGCGGUGGAUAUGGAUUCAGUGGACACGCCGGUCUGAAUCAUCAUGGAUAUGGAUAUGGAGGAUCAGAUUACGCGGGUGGAUAUGGAUUCAGUGGGCAUGCUGGCUUAAACUGUCAUGGUUACGGAUGUGGAGGUGGAGGCUACGGAGAUGGAGGAGGCCACGGAGGAGGUCACGGAGGUCAUGGUGGGGGCGAUGGACAUGGAGGUCACUAAACAUAGCCUCUGCUUGUCAUUGAAUAUUAAAGUGAUAGACUCUCGAUUGAGUGAAACCCCUCUUUCCUCAAAUUCAAUAUGUUAUUUUAUUUAUGAUAUUUGUUAUCUUUUUGUGUUUAUGUUUGAAAACUUGUUUUA